AAAGGCGGCGGCCAUGAUCAUACAGCGAGAUCAUCGGGACGUUCAGCUUUGACCCUUUUUACAUUCACUUUCUUCAGUUUUCCUUUACCUUCGACACAAUUUAAUCACCAUGUUCAGAUUACAAUGACGUGAACUUACGCAGUUUUAUUACACUGUCCUGAGAAAGUAAGUAACCAAAGUGAAAAACUGACCGUUCCUAUGUUUGUGCUGCAUGCACUCCAUCCUCCUGGGAACUGCGAGGCUCCCACGAGGAGCUAGAGAACUAUGUAUCGCGGCAGCGGAGAGAGGGACUUCCAGACGUCGGCCCGUAGGAUGGGAACGUCGCUGCUUUUCCAGUUGUCUGUACAUGAGAGAGAGCUUGAUCUGGUCUUCCUGGACCACAGCUAUGCCAAGCCAUGGAACGCUCACCCAGAUGCCAGCAGCGCCCGGCCCACCCGAAUGCUGUUUGUCACCCCACGGCGGCAGCCCGAUUCCUCUGCGGACCUGGACUUGUCCAUUGAUGUGGAGACGGUCACACCGACACCAAUGCCUCUCUAUGACAACCACAAGGCGCGUAGUGUUAUGAACGAGUGCGAACGUCACGUUCUGUUUGCCCGAACUGUUGCUGAUGGACCUCCACCUCCAGACGACUGGGAAGAACACAUUAACAAGACUGGGUGGAGCAUGGCUCAAAAUAAGCUGUUCAAUAAGGUCCUGAAGGCUCUGCAGGCUGAGAGACUGGCUCGGCUGGCCAAUGAAUGCGCUGUUAAUGAGCCUGUCCUGCGUAGGAUUGCAGUAGAUAAAUGUGCCCGUAAGGUUCGGCACGCGCUGGCUAGUGUGAACUGGGACACCAAGUUGACCCAGUGGCUCCACAUUACCCUCGUGGAAUCUCUGAGCCUGGCGAUGCUGGCAGCUUACUUGGAUGUCCUGCAAACACUCAAAAGCAAGGUGCCGUCUCUGAUUGAUCGGAUGCUGCAGUCUUCAUCGGCUAAAACUGGGGCAGUGGGGUCCGAGGCACUGUCCCUGUUGCUGAAGCGACCUUGGGACCCUGCUGUGGGCGUGCUGUCCCAGAACAAACCUAGUAAACUUCCUGGUUCACCUCUAAUCCUGCUUUGUCCAUCCUCACCAACGAUCCCCACCUUCUCUGCUUCACGACGAAUGAGAUUCUGGCAGUCACAGCUCUCCUGUUUGGGAAAGGUCAUCCCUAUAACCACUCAUGUGGGCAGUGGAUCUAACUUAGGCAUCACUCAGUGUCUGGAGCACAUGGUCGGCACAGUCCGAGGGAAGGUUAUGGAGGUUCACAGUCACUUCCCCCACAAACCCAUCAUCCUGGUGGGCUGGAACGUUGGUGCACUAAUCGCCUGUCAUGUGUCCCUUAUGGAAUAUGUGACUGCUGUUGUAUGUCUGGGGUUCCCUCUACAAACGGUCAAUGGACCCAGAGGGGAUGUGGACGACCCCUUAUUAGACAUGAAGACCCCUGUAUUGUUUGUAGUGGGCCAGAAUGCACUGCAGUGUGGCAUAGAGAACAUGGAAGAGUUCAGGGAGAAGAUCAGAGCGGACAAUAGCAUGGUGGUUGUUGGAGGGGCAGAUGACAACCUCAGGAUCAGCUCUUCUAAGAUGAAGACUGAGGGCCUGACGCAGACGAUGGUGGAUCGCUGCAUUCAGGAUGAGAUUGUGGACUUCCUGACAGGAAUCCUGACACGAGCAGAAAGCCCAAGUCACACGUCGGGAGAAACACGGGACCUUGACACAGAGAAGAAAAAGAAGCCUCGUCGCGAGUUGCCCUUUGAUUCAGAGAGGUCACGACCCUCCUCACCUGCCAUCAGGGUACCAAUCUCUCCCUCAGGAUCAGAGGACAUGUCCAGUGUGUGUAGUAGUCCUACAGCCAGUCCCAAGCCCAAGACUACCGGUUUGUCUCCAGCCCAGAAGUCCAGCCUCAUUACUGCCACCCAGCUGCUCAAGACUCACAUGCAGCGCUCUGGAACUGUGCUAACACACAAACAAGCUCAAGCUCAGUUCGCUGCCUUUAUGAAACAGAACAUGCUGGUGAGGAAGAGCAUUCCUCCUGGCAGUCCAUCCUGUCUGUUUGUACCCGUGUCGGGCGAGCAGGCGGAGGGUUUGGAUCGGGAUGACCUGCGGCUCCAUAUGAAGAGGAGGCAGACGCCCAGCCCCACACCUAGCAAAUCCUCCAAACGAGCCAAGAUCAAAGUCACCAUAGUCUCCCACGCUGACACCGCAGGGGCCACGGCCGCCUCUGCGGCUCAAGAAGUCGGAGCAUCUGGAAAGCCCCUCACAGUGACCAUGGGCCAGACUGUGUCAGGAGCUAAAGAACUUUCUGGACUUUUAACCGCUCAAAGGUCUAGCGCUCUGACAGAUGUGCCUGGAGGUCUAGGCUCUAGUGGAGGUUCCUUCCACAGCCUGCAGGGGAGUGUCAUAUCUGGCUCGUCCUCUCCAGUGCAGGUUCAGACACCUGCAGCUGCACAAGCUCCCUCUGCCAGUAGCCUGUUACAGGGCCUCAGCUUCAGCCUGCAAGAGAUCAACACCAAAUCCCCGGGUUUGCCCUCCAGUGCACAGGCUCCAGGAGGGAAGUUGCAGCCUCAUGGACAAGUGCUGACCUCACUCAGUGCAGCAGGGGGCACUCUAGUGCGUGCGGUCCCAGUCGUGUCCACCGGCUCUGGAGUGACCAAAACCACAGCCAUCCACCAACUGCUCACCAACGGCGGCCUGGCUAAGCUGGCCAAUAGCCUGCCGGGACUGGCUCACGUGUCCAAUCAGAGCGCGGGACUCAAAGCCCCCACAACAAUCACAGUCACCCUGAGAGGACAGCCAAAUAGAGUUCCAGCUCUCGGCCACACUGGAGCCAUACUGCCACCCCACAGCGCACCUGAAAACCAGUGACCAAAAACUCCAUUGGAACCCCCCCUGCUGUUUGAAGCUGCAAUACAAUGGCUCAUGCUGCCUGCUAAGGCUCUGGUAGACGGGCUGUGUGGUGUCCUCACCUGUGCACAGAAAUCAGAUGCAUCCCCAGCUGUAAAACGACUGACUGGAUGGUUUUGCUGGCUAACCUGCUUAUCUGCCUCAACACUCUGGAAGAGCUGACUGAACAAUUAUGGACCCCAUUCCUUUUAUGAUCACAUCUUAAUGACAAAGAGGAGGUGAUUCAGUGUCUUGCUGUGUGUAGGAUGGUCGAAGUUUGAGGUUAGUCGUUGAAGGCUCUGGCGCUCAGUACUGGCACUGUGAUACGCUUACUGCUGUUUAAAACUGGGCUUUAGUCUAAACACUCUCCCAGGCCUGUGUGUGUGUCUCAGAGUAAGAGACCUGAUCUAGGAUCAUAUACCUUACUGUUCAAAAGUUUAGAAUCACCAAAUAUGUAAUCUGUUUGAUUUUAGAUGAAUGAGUUAAGGCAGUUUGCUAGUCCUGUGCAAUGUCAAAGGUUCCAGUGCAAUUGUACAGCAGUGCUGCUAGGGUUUAAACACUGUGUCCACCCACUGUCCACUCUAUUAGACACUCCUACCUUGUCAGUCCACC